CCGAUCGUAUAAUGGAUGUAUUGAAUCAGGCAAAAUCAAAAAUGACCGAUAAAAUUAAAGAUGAAAUUAAUGCCGUUUUAGUUUUCAUUGUAUCCGGCCGUACAUAUCUGUUUGAUUCACAUUCAACACGACCAUUGAAAAUUGAAUCAUUAAACAAGUCGCCGGAUUCAUUCGAUGUACAAAUGAUUACGGAUGAAGAAACAUUCAUACAAAUGGCUAUGGGUAAAAUCAAACCAACAAAUGCAUUCAUGUCUGGAAAAUUGAAAAUUAAAGGUAAUCUUCAAUUGGCAAUAAAAGCGGAAAAAAUAUUUAAAACUGUCAAUAAUAAUUCAUAAUUGAUUUUAUUGCAAAUAAAAA